CAGUGCCGUGGCCUAGCAAACCCCUUCCCCCUUCUGAGCUGGCUGAGGGGGGGAGGAAGGGGCUGCUCCAGCCUAGAGCAUUUUGGAAGGAGGCCUAUUGCAAGGAUUAGAGUAUCCGGAUCACUGUUUCAUCUGCGGGGUCCAGAGAGAGUCCUGCUUCUGGAUCCUCGGCUCACCUGCCAAACCCACAACUUCAUUUCUGCACGUUUGGGGAAAGAGGCCACCUGUUGAAUGACUGCCGACUGAACACCUGCACCAAAACAGAUGCUUCCCACCCACCCUUGAUGCAGAGCCCCAUCCGCGCAGGCUUGCUGGGCUCUCCACCACCGGCCGUGCUCCCUCCAAGGUAGCAGCAAUGGACAGCCAGGCACCCGGCGCCCGGCCUCCCGACCCUCCAUCUGCUCGCCAGCCCUUGGGGCACCUAUGGGCCGGAGACCCAAAGCGGCCUCGCCAGCCAAUCAAGACCGAGGCUCCUUAAAGGACUCUAGUCGCCCGGCCCGCUCUUCUGCCCCUGGAGCCGGGAAGGAGAGACGGCGCAGGAAGAGGCAUCUUGCAAUGCCGGGCGGCUUCCUGUUCCUCUUUUCCCUCCGGACUGGCGAAGGGCGCCUUGGCGGCUUGGCGGGGCCGCGGGAGAGCGCGAGGUAGCCCGAGGAGGGGCGGGGGUCUCCCGGCCGCCAGCCAGGCGCGGUUCGGGGGCUUAGAGGCUGGACGGGGCGGGAGAGCCGCCCGUCUGCCUGCCGGGCGGCGAUGGGCUUCGGGCUGGCGCUCGGCUGCCCCGAGGGCCACAGCGCCCUGCUGCAGCUGCAGGAGUCGGAGGUGCGCCUGCUGGAGGGGCUGCGCAAGUGGAUGGGGCAGCGGGCCAAGAGCGACCGGGAGUACGCGGCGCUCCUGCACCAGAUGCACAGCCUGGCCGGCAAGCGGGAGGGCGGCCGGCAACCCCGCCUCGCAGGCCAGAUCGGCCAGUGCUGGUGGUCCCUGGUGACCCAGACUGAGGCGCUGAGCCAAGCUCUCGAACGCCACGCGGAAGCCCUGGUGGCUGGACCCCUGGACACGCUGGCUCUGCUCAUCCAAGACAAGCAGCAGCUGCACCGGUGCUACAGCGAACAGUGGCAACAAAUGAACCAGGAUUUCAUCCGGACCACCCAGCAAGAGCCCGAGCGCCUGAGAGCCCAGUACCGCAGCCACAUCCGAGAGUGUGCGCAGGCAAAGCGCAAAUACCAGGAGGCCAGCAAAGACAAGGAACGUGAGAAGGCCAAGGACAGAUAUGUCCGCAGCCUCUGGAAGCUCUACUCCCUGCACAACCAGUAUGUGCUGGCCCUGCGAGCUGCGGAAGUGCAGCACAGCCUUCACUACGAGCAGAUCCUGCCCGGCCUUCUCCAGUCCCUGCACGGUCUUCUGCAGGAGAUGACCCAGAUCACGAAGGCAACCUUACAAGAAUAUGCCAGCAUCACAAGCCUGGUACAGGAGGAGAUGGUGGCUGUGCACCAGGCCAUGGUCAGGGCCAUUGACCGCAUCCAGCCAGACACUGACUACGAUGAGUUCCUCCCCCCUUGCAGGUGUGAGCAGGAGAUGCCAGGCCUGGUGACCUUUGAUAGGAGUUUGCUAGAGGAGGCUGAGACGGAGGUCCUGCAAGAGGGGCAGCUCCAGCUGAAUGAACUCACCCUGGAAAGCCUGCAACACACGCUGACCUCCCUGGAGGAGGAACUGAUCGGCGCCACAGAGAGCGCUGACGGCCAUCGCAAGCGUGUCCAGAUGCUGGAAGCUGAAAUCCAGAACGAUGAGAUGGCAGGAAGUCCAGGAAAAGGCAUCCUCCUCCUGGGAAAGCAGAAGUCCCUGCAUGAAGCUUGCCACCUUUUCCAUCUUGCUCUGGGCACUCAAGAAAAACUCAAGGCCCAAAGGGAUUUGCUGCAACAGAAGCUGGAUGAGUUGGGAUCCCGGGACCCUCCACCUGUCCCUGAUCUGCAGGGCGACAGGCAGUCCCUCUCUUCCGGGGACUCUGAGCGAGAUUGGAGCCGAACGCCGCCAGCUUUGGAGGCCCUGAAGAAUCACAUCUCAGGCAUUUUUCGUCCACGUAUCUCUCUGCCACCCUCUCUGCCACAGCUCCCAGAGGUGCAGAAGCCCCUUGGGCAGCAGGCCUGGUACCAUGGUGCCAUUCCCCGCGUGGAGGUGCAGAAGCUUCUGCAGACCAAUGGUGACUUCUUGGUGCGUGAAAGCCAAGGCAAACAGGAGUAUGUCCUCUCGGUGCUGUGGGAUGGGCAACCACGCCACCUUAUCUUGCAGGCUGCUGAUAAUCUGUACCGCUUGGAGAGUGAGGCUUUCCCCACCAUUCCGCUGCUGGUUGACCAUUUCCUCAAAUCCAGGCAGCCCAUCACGAAGAAAAGUGGCAUUGUGCUGGUCAAGCCCAUCCCCAAGGACAAGUGGGUGUUGGACCAUGAAGACGUUGUGCUGGGCCAGCGCAUUGGGCAGGGCAAUUUUGGAGAGGUCUUCAGUGGAUUCUUGCGUGGCAGUAACACUCCAGUGGCCGUGAAAUCCUGCCGUGAAACGCUUCCAAAUGAGCUGAAGAUCAGGUUUCUACAGGAGGCUGGGAUCCUGAAGCAGUAUAGCCAUCCUAAUAUUGUCCGGCUCAUUGGAGUUUGUACUCAGAAGCAGCCAAUCUACAUUGUCAUGGAGCUUGUAAAGGGGGGUGACUUCCUAACCUUCUUGCGCAAUGAGAGGGCUCGGCUCACAGUCAAGGAGCUCCUGAAGAUGAUGGAGAAUGCUGCCGCAGGGAUGGAAUACCUGGCCAGCAAGCGCUGCAUCCACCGAGAUCUGGCAGCACGGAAUUGUCUGGUGACGGAAAAUAAUACUCUGAAAAUCAGUGAUUUUGGGAUGUCACGGGAACAAGUAGAUGGCGUUUAUUCCUCCUCGAGCGGAAUGAAACAAAUCCCUGUGAAGUGGACAGCUCCAGAGGCACUCCAUUACGGUCGGUAUUCCUCAGAAAGUGAUGUCUGGAGCUUUGGGGUCCUGCUGUGGGAAGCUUUCAGCCUGGGAGCCACACCAUAUGCCAAUAUGAACAACCAGCAGACCCGUGAAGCUGUGGAGAAGGGUAUUCGUCUGAGUGCUCCAGCCCAGUGUCCCGAAGAUGUGUACCAGCUCAUGUUAAAAUGUUGGGAAUACGAGCCACAGAAACGACCCAGCUUCAGUAGCAUGCUCCAAGACCUGAUUGUGAUUCAGAAGAAGCAGUGGUGAGAACGCUAAUCUCAGGUGGUCUGCAUGGACACUUCUCAAAUCCUAUGCUGUGCUGACAUCGCAGACCAUGGCAUUUUACUCCCAGCAUAUACAGACCGUCUCCAAUCAGGUCACCUGCCUGCUUGUGGCCAGAAGAAACCUAAAGCUUCGGUCUUUGAAGUCAUCUUUUCUCUAAAGUUGAAAAUAAUAAUUAUAAUGUCCAGAUUAUAUUCUCAAAAAUGCAUGCUUAAUUGAAAGCAAGUUCCAAUCUUCACCUCAAAUAAAAUAGACGAUGCAAAGCUAUAGAAAAAGGAA